AUCAAUUUGAAGUAAAAUAGAAGACAGCAUGACGACGAGGAGCAGUGCAGCGAAGAAAAUGGCGACCAGAGUCCCGGUAGAUGACGAUGAUGAUUUCGUGGACAAGAUUCCAAUAAUAAAGACCAUGAAUCUAGUGAAAACCACCACGGGGCGAGUCUACAAAAGGUUGUGUGAUGAAGAGAUUUUGGUUGGGAAAACACGACUUAAGGUCACUUGUUUUUGUAAUCUUUGUGUGGGUUCAACUACUGUUAAAGGUGUGGUUAGUGCUUCAGAGAUGGCUGAACUGAAGGCUUCUGCAUUUGGUAUUUUCUUCAAACUUGGGAAGAUAAAGUGGGUGAAUGGUCAAUUGUUGAUUUUAUUAGCUUUAAAUCAUGUGGAGCCCAUUAAGAAGAGUGGAGAGGUAGAUAGACUAAAGUUGCACAUUGGAGAUAGGAUAGUGGAGUUUAAGAAGACGGAUUUUGCAUUGAUUACUGGGUUGAAGUUUGGAAGGGAGAGUCAGUUUGAAGAUACUGACCUGGAAAAGGCAAACGACAUCAGUACAAGGUAUUUCAAUGGGAAAAUGAGCGUGAGCCGUAAAGAAGUGGAAAAUGUGUUCAAAGGUAUCGGGAAUGGAAGAGAUAAGGGACAGUUGGAUGCUGUAAAAUUGGCUUUACUGAACAUCAUUGUAAACCAUGUGGUGGGUAACCAAGGAGAACAUUGCCGGUUUACGUUCCCCGGCUUCCUAUUUCCACUACAGGUUUGGGCGUUUGAGACUUUCCUGUCUUUGAAAGAAAAUGAAAUUUGCGUUACGGGAGAAGACAGGAGCGGAUUGUGGUCAAGGGCAUUACGAUGGGAGACAGGGGUGCGCCCAAUGCAUGACCUGCUGGAGGGUUCUAUUUUCGGCACGGAAGAGGAAAGUGUUCAAUGGAAUGAGAUGGUUGCCACGACAUCGGAGAAAGAAAUAGAGAACAUUGCAAUGUUAUUCUCUGUUGGAGAUUCAAGGAAAGUGAAUCAUGAGGAGAUUAAUGUUCAGCGAAAGGGGAAAGGAAAGGUUGUGAUUCGGAAGAAGGCACAGGUGAAGAAGAUGGAGAAGAAGACGGAGAGGUCAGGCAACGGUACUCCAAGAGGGACAGCAAAGAAAGAGAAAAAUGUUUUGGGAGACGCUCGUGAGAAUGAACCUUCCUUGAGAGAUAUAAUGACAACAUUAGUGCUUAUGGAAAAGCGAAACUUGAAGAUGCGCAUGGAAGUUACUAAGUUGAGAAUUGCAGUAAAUGCCCACACCCGUCUUCUGAAUGGGUAUAUAUCGAGGAAGAGAACUGGUAAGCGAUGGCAUACGAGUAAAAAGCACACAACCGAGGAUAACAACAUACCUAGCUUUGAUUUAGGAUUUGAGAGUCAAUGGAAGAAUGAUGCCACAGAACAUGAUGUGUCCGAUGAUGUUUGGGAGGAGGAUCUGAAUGUGGAAGCUGAGAUUGGGACCCAACCGGGUUCGUGUGGUAAUGACCUUCAGGAUCCGUUGAAUGACAUUAGUACACAAGAAGUUGAGGGCAGAUGGUUGAAGACAUUACAUAAAUUGGGGCUCGGGAAACAAUCUGAGAAAAGUGUGGAGAAUCAGGAGUGCGAAAAGGGCUCGACGAGUAUGGUUAAAGACGGCAUGCAGUCGGGCGAAGAGGGCAAGGACGUGGUUGUUGAGGAUGUUCCAUGUACUGGUGUGGACGAACCCAAAGAAGCAUCACCAAUGAUUGUAGAAGUGUCUGCUUCUGAUAUGAAUGGUCAGGAAAAUGAAAUUGAAGUAGAUGUUGCAGGAUUCACCGACAAGGUCGAGACCGCAUCGCAAGAAUUGCAGGAGUUACCCGAGGAUGCAAUUUUUUUCCCAACCGCGGAGAACCUGGAUGAGAAAGAAAAGAAUCCAAAGGAUGUGGUGUUGGGGCCGGGUACUGGCUGUGAUUUGCCAAGAGCCGUGUGUGAAGACGUUAACGAUUCUGGAGAUGAUGAUGAGGUGUUGAAUGACGAACCAUGUACACAGAUUGUGGUGUAUGAAGCACCGAUGGUGAGUGAGGCACCGCCAGAUUUGAAGUUAAAGCAAAAGAGGCCCUUUAAGUGUCCAGAUCGGUUCACUGCUGAUGAUUUAGUUGUGCGACGUAAAACAAAAAGGGUGAGAACAGAGAGUGUUUGUGUAGUGCGAUUUGGGGGGGAUGAAGAUGAGUUCAUGGGUCCAUUCCCAUCAGACCCGAACGAGAUGCCUGCUCAGGAGGAGUUAAUGAAGCAUCUAGAUGUCAUAUUCUACUACCUUAGAAUGAAGGGAGUAGAGUUUGGGUUGGAGCAGCGGUACAUGACAACAGACACCCCAUUUCUUGUAUUGUUGAACACAUUAUGUGGGAGGUAUAUGAAGAAGGAACUAACCAUUGAGCAAGCAACGCGUAAUAGGUCAGUAAGAAGCACGAUCAUGGGAGGGAAGGUGGAAUAUGGUCUACCGUGGCAGAGUGCAGAUUUUGUAUACAUGCCGCUGAAUACUAGGAACCACUGGACAUUGUUGGUGUUGGACAUUAAGCAGAAAUUAAUUAGGACAUAUGACUCGAGCAUCAGGAGGAGUGAUUCAAAAAGGAAGAUAGGUCCGUUUCUGCCAUGCCUCCAAAUGUUCCUGCCUAAGAUAAUGGAUAGGUUGGGGGUGUAUGACGGACGGGAGGAAGGUCCAGUUGGAGAUGAUGUCCUAGCGGUUGAAGCUGGAGCGUGCUACCCCCAACAGAACGACAUGUCAAGUUGUGGGAUGUUCGUGGUGAAGAUGGCUGAAUUUCUGAUGAUGGGGUGUGAUGUGGGGGAUAUGGAUGAUCAUGAGAUCGCUGAAUACAGGAAGAAAAUGACAGUGGAGUUGUUGGCAUACUCUGCCGUCUACACCUGUUUUGUUUCUAAUAUGCAUGUAUUCAAAGACCUGUUUUGUUUCUAAUAUGCAUGUAUUAUCGAGACCUCUGUUAUUUUGAAUUAAACAUUCGAAUUAGGUGGUUGUUUUUUGAUAGAUUUGUUGAUGGUAUUUGGCAAGUUAUGGACGUGCAUGGUUUGAAAAAAUAUUUAGGUUUGGU